AUGGACCCAACAGUGCUUCUCCAGGAGCCACUGGAUAUCGUAAGGGUGAGCCUGGACGACCGUGUAACAAUCAAGUGUAGAGGAGACCGGGAAGUAAUGGGCAAGCUGCACGCGUACGAUAUGCACUUAAACAUGGUACUGGGCGAUGUUGAAGAAGUCGCCACAACUGUAACGACCGACCCGCUCACCGGUGACGAACAGACUAAGAAGACCACUCGGCGGCUUCCACUUAUCUUCUUACGUGGAGAUGCAAUCAUCCUCGUGGCGCCAGUGAGCCGUAAUAAAUCAUGA